UGGUGUGGAAGGAGCUCGACUAUGGCUCCAAGAUGACAGAGGCGGAGAAACAAAUGCUGGUUUCGGAGGUGAAUUUGCUUCGUGAGCUAAGUCAUCCGAAUAUCGUCCGGUAUUACGAUCGGAUCAUCGACAGAAGCAGCACCACGCUGUACAUCGUGAUGGAGUACUGUGAUGGUGGCGACCUGGCCAGCUUGAUUGCGAGGUGCACAAAAGAAAGGCAUUACUUGGAAGAAAGCUUUGUUCUCAGAGUAUUGACUCAGUUGACAUUGGCCUUGAAGGAAUGUCACAGACGGAGUGAUGGCGGAGUCACAGUGCAUCGUGACCUAAAACCAGCAAAUGUCUUUCUUGAUGGCAAGCAGAAUGUGAAACUUGGAGAUUUUGGACUGGCUAGGAUAUUGCACCAUGACACCAGCUUUGCCAGAACAUUUGUUGGAACUCCAUAUUAUAUGUCUCCAGAACAAAUGAACCACAUGUCGUACAAUGAAAAGUCUGACAUCUGGUCUCUAGGAUGUCUUCUGUAUGAGUUGUGUGCUCUCUCGCCUCCAUUUAGAGCUUACAACCAAAAGGAGUUGGCAGAAAAGAUAAGGGAAGGGAAGUUCAGACGAAUACCAUAUCGUUACUCAGAGCAGCUGAAUGAACUUCUCAAAGAGAUGCUGAAUGUAAAAGAUUACUGCCGACCUUCUGUUGAAGAUCUUCUGCAGCACCCCUUGAUAGCAGACUUGGUGACAGAAGAACAAAGCCGAAAUGAUGACAGAAGAGGCUGGAGAUCCCGGGAGUCAGAAAGGCUGCAGCACUCAGAUCCUGCAGUGAAUGAGUUGAAACGGAAGGAACAAUUAUUACAGGAGCGAGAACAAGCCAUUAAAGAAAGAGAGCAACGUCUGGAACAGAGAGAACGGGAACUUUGUGUUCGAGAGAGACUGGCAGAGGAGAAACUUGCUAGAGCCGAAAACCUGAUGAAGAACUACAACCUCUACAAACAGCAGAAGACAUUAGCUUGUGCAGAUGGUCCAGGCAACGCUGUCCUGCUCCCCUUUCCUACAACCAGGAAGAAAGUACACUUUGAUGGAAGUGAAGAGAAUGCUGUGCCUCCUGUUAAUUUGGAAAACUGUCCCAUUUCUAAAGGGAAAUGCUCUGAUCUAAAAAAACGCUUAUACGCUGCAAAUCUACGGGCUAAAGCACUGUCUGAACUGGAAAAAAACUAUCAACUAAAGAGCAAACAAAUACUGGGCAUGCGCUGA